ACCCAGCGUGAGCAGAAAGCAAAGGGACCUACGAGAUAUUUCCAUCUUGAAAUUGCUGUCUAAGUGAUGUGGAAACGUACAGACGCGUUAUGAUGUAUCAGUAGAUAAAAGAUGUUGCGCGACGCUAAUUAGGUUGUAUAAUGUCUGAACUGUGCUGGUUUCUUUGUUUAUUCACAAUGAAUUUCAGCGGCCGGGGGAAAUCGCGGGGCAUUAAAAGAGGAUUUCUGCCGUUCAUUUUGCUUUGCUUUUGGAAAGGAGUGACCGCGCAAAUCAGGUAUUCGAUUCACGAGGAAUUACAACCAGGGUCUGUUGUUGGGAAUAUAGCGAAAGAUUUGGGAUAUGACAUCGGAAAGUUAAGGGAAAGAGGCUUACGCAUCGUGUCUGGAUCGAAGGAACAGCUCUUUAAGGUGAAUGAAAAGAAUGGCGAAUUGCUCGUAAAGGAAAACGUCGACAGGGAGACGCUUUGCGGUCGAAGCGCUGAGUGCUUUGUGAGCUUUAAGACUGUGAUGGAGCAUCCUUUGGAGAUACAGCACGUGGAGGUUGGGAUAAUUGAUGUUAAUGAUCAUUCGCCAAGGUUUUCUGAAAAAGAGAGGCGAUUGGAAAUAGCGGAAUCCACAAUAACUGGAACACGAUUCCCUUUGGAAAGCGCACAUGAUCCUGACGUAGGUACCAAUUCCUUACGUUCAUACAGUCUGAGUCAGAACGAAUAUUUUGAGUUGGAAGUACAGGAUUAUAGCGAGGACAGGAAAGUUCCAGUGCUGAUAUUACGUAGGCCCUUAGACAGAGAAAACAAAGCAGAACACCGCAUGAUCGUAUCAGCUUUUGACGGAGGGAAUCCUGUUAGAUCAGGCACGCUGAAUAUUUCUAUUUCUGUAUUAGAUAUUAACGAUAAUGCCCCUGUCUUUGACCAACACACAUAUAAGGUCACGUUACUUGAAAACGCGCCCGAAGGCACAUUCGUGAUAAAGGUGGGUGCCUCUGACCCUGACUCCGGGCCCAACGGGGAAAUUGAGUAUUCUUUCGGCAACACGUUCAGCAGCAAAAUACGGGAAUUGUUUGAACUGGAUGCAGUAAGCGGAGAGAUACGCGUAAAGGGGAAAAUAGAUUUCGAGGAAAAUAAGGUGUAUGAGAUUGAUGUUCAAGCCACAGACAAAGGCCAAGUGCCCAUGAUGGUUCACUGUAGUGUCAUAGUGAACAUAGAAGAUGUGAACGACAACACUCCAGAGAUUGACGUCACGUCUUUAUCCGACAUGAUAUCCGAGGACUCCCCUGUCGGGACCGCCAUAGCCCUGAUAAGCGUUAGUGACCGCGACUCUGGAAACAAUGCUCAAAUUGUCUGCCAAAUAAGGGAAGCCGUGCCUUUUGAGUUAAAACCCUCGUUUAGGAAAAACUUUUACUCUAUUGUCAGCAAAGGUCAUUUGGACAGAGAGUCCACUCCUGUGCAUAGCAUGACAAUUAUGGCCAGUGAUCUGGGCACACCGCCCCUCUCAUCCUCCACAGAAAUAACCGUAAAAAUUUCAGAUGUAAAUGAUAACAGUCCAAUGUUUUCUGAAAACCCUUACGUUCUAUAUUUAAAUGAGAACAACGUUCCGGGAGCGUCUAUAUUCUCUGUAAGCGCCACUGAUUUGGAUGAGAAUGAUAACGCUUUAGUUUCGUACGCACUGGAGAAAGACGUUUCAGAUAAACGAAUAACUUCUUUCUUAAACAUUAAUUCCGAAAAUGGGAAUAUUUACGCACUUAAAAGCUUUGACUUUGAAACUCUGAAAACCUUUCACUUCCAAGUAGUAGCUAAAGACUCUGGGACACCGUCACUAAGCACCAACGUCACAGUGAGUGUUUAUAUUCUGGAUCAGAACGAUAACGCUCCAGUGAUCUUGUCUCCGAUCAGCGCUAACGGUUCCGCUGAAGGCGUGGAGGAGAUUCCCCGCAAUGUGAACGCAGGCCAUUCGGUGACUAAAGUGAGGGCCUAUGACGCUGAUAUAGGAUACAACGCCUGGCUCUCGUUCUCACUUCAACACGUUCCCGACUCCAGUCUCUUUGGUUUGGAGCGAUAUACAGGAGAGAUCAGGACGCUUCGCUCAUUCACGGAAACAGACGAGGCUGAGCAUAAACUGGUUAUACUGGUAAAAGACAAUGGGAACGUUUCAUUGUCAGCAACAGCAACUGUGAUUAUCACCGCAGUGGAGCCCAAAGAGGCGUUUGCUGCUUCUGACAUCAAAAACACAGUAAAAACCGAGGAGGAGAACAACGUAACUUUUUAUCUGAUCAUCACACUGGGGUCAGUUUCAGCGCUCUUUCUCCUGAGUAUUAUCGGUUUGAUAGUGAUGCAGUGCUCCAAACCUCCAGACUAUUCGUCCAAAUAUUGCCGGGACUCCAAUUACGCAGACACGAGCGGGAACGGGACACUGUGUCACAGCAUCCAGUACAGAUCCGGAGACAAACGGUACAUGUUAGUUGGACCCAGAAUGAGUAUCGGUUCUGCUAUUGUCCCCGGCAGUAAUGGGAAUACUCUGGUUGUUCCAGAUCACAGGAGGAGAAUCUCAGGAGAGUUGUCAGUGAAAUAG